UAGAGGAGUCAACAUGCCAUCUGGAUCAGUGAAAUUGCAGAGCAUUAAAAAACUGGGACAGGAAAACCAAAGCUAUGAGGUUUCAGAUGACGAACCAGCUGGCUCCUAUAUGACCAUGACAGCUUCCAAGGAUGAGGAGAAAGCUCAGGGAGACACAGAGCAGCCAGCGAUAAGAGUUGGCUUCUUUCAGCUGUUCCGUUUUGCCACAUGCAAAGAGAAGCUGAUGAUGGUCGUGGGUAGUGUGUGUGCGGUGCUGCACGGUUCAGCCCAGCCCCUCGUGCUGCUGGUGCUCGGCCUGCUCACUGACACCUUCAUCGACUACGACAUCGAGCUCAACGAGCUGAGCGACGACAGGAAGGAGUGUGUGAACAACACUAUCCAGUGGAAGAAGAACUACACUGCAGGGCACAGUCCCGGAACACUGCUGAAUCAGUCGGACUGGGGCUUCAUGAACAAUUCAACAUGGGAGAUGCUCACACCGCUCAAGAGCAGGCCAUGUGGGAUUCUCGACAUUGAAUAUGAAAUGACCAAAUUUGCCCUCUACUAUGUUGGAAUUGGAGUAGCUGUAUUCGUUUUGGGAUACUUUCAGAUCUCUCUAUGGGUGAUGGCUGCUGCCAGGCAGAUUCAGCUCAUCAGGAAAAUGUACUUCAGCAAAGUGAUGAGGAUGGAGAUCGGCUGGUUUGACUGCACCUCCAUAGGGGAGCUCAACACCCGCAUGUCAGAUGAUAUCAACAAGAUCAACGAUGCCAUCGCGGAUCAAGUUGCUAUUUUUUUGCAGCGCUUCACCACCUUUGUGUGUGGCUUCUGCAUUGGCUUUGUGAAAGGAUGGAAGUUAACACUUGUCAUUGUUGCAGCAAGUCCAUUGAUUGGUGUUGGAGCUGGUCUUAUGGCUAUGUUUGUGGCUAAGAUGACCGGAUUGGAGCUGCAGGCCUACGCCAAAGCUGGAGCCGUAGCUGACGAGGUCCUCUCCUCCAUCAGGACUGUGGCUGCUUUUGGUGGCGAGAUAAAGGAAGUGCAAAGGUACGACAGGAACUUGGUCUCAGCGCAAACCUGGGGUAUCAGGAAGGGCCUGAUCAUGGGCUUUUUCACCGGAUACAUGUGGAUGAUCAUCUUCCUGUGCUAUGCUCUGGCCUUCUGGUAUGGGUCCAGUCUUGUGGUGGAUGCUGAGGAGUACACACCAGGAACAUUACUGCAGGUAUUCUUUGGUGUUCUGAUAGCAGCCAUGAAUUUGGGGCAGGCCUCCCCGUGUCUCGAAGCGUUUGCUUCAGGCCGUGGAGCUGCUACCAUCAUCUUUGAGACCAUUGACAGAGAGCCGGAGAUUGACUGUUUAUCCGAGGCUGGAUAUAAGCUUGACAGGGUCAAAGGAGAUAUUGAGUUUCACAAUGUGACUUUCCACUACCCCUCCAGACCUGAAGUCAAGAUCCUGGACCAGCUCAGUGUUGCAGUGAAGUCAGGGGAGACCACAGCCUUUGUUGGGCCGAGUGGAGCGGGGAAGAGUACUGCUAUUCAACUCAUCCAGCGCUUCUACGACCCUAAAGAGGGAAUGGUGACCCUGGACGGUCAUGACAUCAGAGGGUUGAACAUCCAAUGGUUGCGCUCACUUAUUGGCAUUGUGGAGCAGGAGCCUGUGCUGUUUGCCACCACCAUCGCUGAGAACAUACGCUAUGGUCGACCCGGCGUCUCAAUGGAAGACAUCAUCACUGCCACCAAGGAGGCCAAUGCAUACAACUUCAUCAUGGACCUGCCACAGAAAUUCGACACCUUGGUGGGGGAGGGUGGAGGUCAGAUGAGCGGCGGUCAGAAGCAGCGUAUUGCCAUUGCCCGGGCGCUGGUCAGGAACCCUCGUAUCCUGCUGCUGGACAUGGCAACCUCUGCCCUUGACAACGAGAGUGAGGCUAUAGUUCAAGAUGCCUUGGAUAAAGUACGCAUGGGUCGCACCACCAUCUCUAUCGCUCACCGGCUGUCCACCAUAAAGAACGCUGAUGUGAUUGUGGGCUUUGAGCACGGCCGAGCUGUGGAGAGGGGCAAACACAAUGAACUGCUGGAGCGGAAGGGAGUCUACUUCACUCUUGUCACCCUACAGAGCCAAGGAGACAAGGCCCUAAAUGCGAAGGCUCAAGAAAUGGCUGACAAUAAUGAAGAGUCAGAGCAGCUAAGCCUAUCCAGAGCCGGCAGCUACCGUGCCAGUUUGAGAGCCUCCAUCCGCCAGCGGUCACGAUCCCAGCUGUCCAACCUGAUCCCAGAGUCUUCUGUUCCCAUUGCUGGAGAGCUCGGCCCCAGAGCCUACGCUGUGUCACAGGCGGACAAAUCCAAGGAUGACAUCCCAAAGGAGGAGGAGGAGGAGGAACUUGUGGAGCCAGCUCCAGUCACCAGGAUCCUGAAGUACAACAUACCCGAGUGGCCAUACAUGUUUUUUGGAUCUAUUGGGGCUGCCAUAAACGGAGGGGUCAACCCCGUCUACUCUCUACUGUUCAGUCAAAUCUUGGCGACAUUCUCUGUUACAGAUCCUGUGGCUCAGAGGAAGGAGAUUGAUAGUAUCUGCCUGUUCUUUGUCAUGGUUGGCGUGGUCUCUUUCGUCACCCAUAUGCUGCAGGGUUAUGCCUUCUCCAAGUCUGGAGAGCUGCUGACCCGCAGGUUACGGCGGCUGGGUUUCCACGCCAUGCUGGGCCAAGAGAUCGGCUGGUUUGAUGAUCACAGGAACAGUCCCGGAGCUCUGACCACACGUCUGGCGACCGAUGCCUCCCAAGUUCAAGGAGCCACAGGCUCACAGAUCGGCAUGAUCGUGAACUCUCUGACCAACAUCGGUGUGGCCAUCAUCAUGUCCUUCUACUUCAGCUGGAAGCUCACGCUGGUCAUCCUGUGCUUCCUGCCGUUCAUCGCUUUGUCGGGUGGCUUCCAGGCUAAGAUGCUCACAGGCUUCGCAAAGCAGGACAAGGAAGCCAUGGAGGCCGCUGGACAGAUUUCCGGUGAGGCUCUAAACAACAUCCGCACCAUCGCAGGCCUGGGGAAAGAGGGGAGUUUUGUUGACAUGUAUAAUGCCCAGCUGGAUGCUCCUUACCAAGCAGCCUUGAAGAAGGCUAAUGUGUACGGAGCCUGUUUCGGUUUUGCCCAGUGCAUCAUCUUCUUGACCAACUCUGCCUCCUAUAGGUUUGGGGGUUACUUGGUGCAACAAGAGGGGCUCCACUUCAGCCUGGUGUUUAGGGUCAUCUCUGCCAUCGUCACUAGCGGCACAGCCCUCGGCAGAGCCUCCUCUUACACCCCAGACUACGCCAAGGCCAAGAUUUCAGCUGCACGUUUCUUCCAGCUGCUUGACCGAGUGCCAAGUAUCAGUGUCUAUAGCGACAAGGGAGAUAAAUGGGAUAACUUCCAAGGCAACAUUGAGUUCAUUGACUGCAAGUUCACCUACCCCACCAGACCAGAUAUCCAGGUCCUGAAUGGGCUGAAUGUGUCAGUGAAGCCUGGCCAGACGCUGGCAUUUGUGGGCAGCAGCGGCUGCGGGAAGAGCACCAGUGUGCAGCUGCUGGAGAGGUUUUAUGAUCCUGAUCAUGGCAGAGUGCUGAUUGAUGGCCAUGACUCGAGUCGUGUCAACGUGCCCUUCCUACGAUCCAAGAUUGGCAUCGUGUCCCAGGAGCCCAUCUUGUUCGACUGUAGUAUCGGAGAGAACAUCAAGUACGGCGACAACUCACGGGAAAUCAGCAUGAAUGAGGUCAUCUCAGCCGCCAAGAAAGCCCAGCUUCACAACUUUGUCAUGUCGCUUCCUGAGAAAUACGACACCAACGUCGGCGCCCAGGGUUCUCAGUUAUCUCGCGGUCAGAAGCAGCGCAUUGCCAUCGCAAGGGCAAUCAUACGUGAUCCCAAAAUCCUACUCCUGGAUGAAGCCACCUCUGCCCUGGACACGGAGAGCGAGAAGACCGUGCAAGAAGCGCUGGACAAAGCCAGAGAAGGCCGGACCUGCAUCGUUAUUGCCCAUCGCCUGUCAACCAUUCAGAACUCAGACAUUAUCGCCGUCAUGUCCAGGGGCUUUGUGAUUGAGAAAGGAGCACACGACCAGCUCAUGGCCCUGAAGGGAGCCUACUAUAAGCUAGUCACCACAGGAGCACCAAUUAGCUAACUGCUCAGAGUGUAACCAAUUACUAGGGCAGCCAGGAGAAACGAAUGUACAGAGCAGUGUUAUUGCCUUCUACAGAGGCCAGGACUGGAAUACUUUACAUACUAAAAAGUAAGAUACACCUGUUCCAUAUUAGAGUAUUUAUUUUAGGGUAGGGAUCCUGUCAUGAAGAGAAGGGUUUUGUGAGUCACACACCUUAUUAUUGUUUGGGGUAUUUUAAGGAUACUCAAUGUAUUUCUGUUGUUUUGUCUUUGCUUUAUAUCUUGGAUAGUGGGUCCAUCCCACUGCACAUUCACACACCACCAGGUAGCAGGCAAGGGUGUCCCAUGCCUUAAAAAUUUCAACACACAGUACGUUUAAGCAACACUUGAUGCAAACUUAUCCUAAUAUUGCUUAAAAGUGGUAUUCAAAGCCCACAAUUCACCACACUCUAUUGCAUAACACAGUCCAGUUGUUGGUGGUAAUGUGUCUAUAAGCUGUUUUAACAAUGUUAUUAUUCAUGUCUGAACACAAUACAGUAAUGGCAGAACCCUUACAGAUGAUUAUCACUUAAUAUAGUAAAUCUAAUGAUGUUGCAACAUUGUCCUUUUAUUUUGAGAAAUACCUUCCCUCCUUCAAGAAUUAGUUUGGCAUUUUGGGAAAUCAUUUUGGGCUUAUUCAUUUUCUUGCUGAGUGUUACAUGUGAAGAUUGAUACCACUUUCAUAUUUGUGCUAAAUUAGAAGCUACCAGCAGACGAUUAGCAUAGGUUAGUAUUAAGACUGAAAGCAUGGGAAACAGCUAGCCUAGCUCUGAUGAAAGGCACAUAACUCCCGCAAAACUACACAUGCGGAGGAGCCAAGCUAACCAUUUCCCCCUUUUUUCAGUCUUUAUACUAAACUAAGCUAGUCACCUGCUGGCUGCUAGCAUUAGCUUACAAACAUGAGAAUGGUGUAAUUCUUUUCAACUAGCAUGGGAAACAGCUAGCCUAGCUCUGAUGAAAGGCACAUAACUCCCGCAAAACUACACAUGCGGAGGAGCCAAGCUAACCAUUUCCCCCUUUUUUCAGUCUUUAUACUAAACUAAGCUAGUCACCUGCUGGCUGCUAGCAUUAGCUUACAAACAUGAGAAUGGUGUAAUUCUUUUCAACUAGCGUGUUUUUUGAAAAUGUUGAACUAUGCUUUCAAACAAUUUAUCAGACAGAAACCAUUCAAAAUAGUAUGUUAUUUAUGUAAAGUAUACAUAUGUGCUUAUAGAUAAUUCAAUGUAAUUGCUUUUUAAUUGUGUUCCUACUCCCAGCUCUUGAAUUUGUGUUUGUUUUGCAGCCAUCACAUGGUAACUGCAGUGCUGUAGGGUUGGUCUUAUUUUUUUAUUCUUUUUGUGAAAGUGAAAUAAAACCAUUAAAACCAUCUUGUUUGAUUGAGCUGUAUUGAGAUGUAUUUGCAGAUGCCACAUAACGGCCUCAUUAAUCAACCAUGUCCCAGCGUGUGCUGAUAUAUUUAACAGGCACUUGUUCGCAGCUACUGAAAUGCGACACACAAGAAAGCACUUGAUUACUCGCAAUCUACCAAAAGUGUUUGUAUUGGGCCAGAAACACAGUUUGAAAUCCAAGUUGCUGAUGUAUUCCACCUUCAUUACAGGCAAGUUGUCAUUGAUGAUAAUCAUUUGAUAGGCUACUAUAAAUAACAUAAUGAAAGUUAGAUCAAAUAACAUUAGCAAUAUUUACAACCUGCCUGUAUGUCAAUCAAAUAUAUGAUGCCCUUAAAUAUUAUUAAUUAAUUUU